GGGCCGGGCCGCGACCCAGGGACGGCCCCCCCGACCCAACCCACUCUCGGAGGGAGAGGGGAUGGGGCGAGAUGGAGGAAGGAUCCGCGGCGCCCCGCCAUAUCCCGAGGGCUGAGCAUCCCUCCCGCCGUCGCGUCCUUUCCACUGCCCUACCGCGGAUCCCCAGACCCAAUCCACUUCGGCGAGGGGAGUGGGGUGCUGGGGAAAGGGAACCGGCAGUCCUGGUGUCCCCUGGCCGGGGGCAUCUUGCCAAGUCCGGAGAGUCAAGCGUCCCUCCAGCUCCCAUACAGUACCUGCUCGCAAGGCCGACCGAUCCGCGGGCAGACCCCGAGACCCAAUCAACCCACUCCUGGGAAGUGACGUUAGAAGUUGGAGAUUUCGUUCCCCUGCUGGCUCCUGUCUGGCCCGCGAGCGAUCCCAGGCCCCGAACCCCGAAGAUCUCGUGGCCCAAGAGGGCAGGUGGUCUGGGCCAAGGCACACUUGCCCGAGGCUCGGCUGCACCGCACCUACCCUGGCUCCUCCAGCAUCACCUGCGCGCCUCCACCAGCCUGUGGGCCUUCCUGGGUUGUGCCUUCCAAGUUGGACUGUCGCUCUACCCUACAUGCCCUUCCCUCCUCUUCCUGGAACCCCAGCUGUCUGCGGGUCCCCGCCCCAAGGUCACUUUCUCCUUCCCUCCUUGCCCCGCCGUGCGCCCCGCGGGGAUUGGCCCGGCCUCCGUCUGUUCCCAGGGCUCUGUGGCCUUGACGGUGCACCCCUCCCUGCGCGCUGCCUCGGUGUCACCUGCAGGCCGGGAGGGGCAGGGGCAGGGACCGCGGUCGCCUCCGCACUCACCUGUGCUCCGGAGGCUGGACUCUCUCCGGGGACGGUAAUGAGCCCACGCCUGCUGGCGACUCCAGCCGAGCGGUGGAGGCCUCAUUCCCUUCUUGAGCGCUGUUCCUGUGGCCUGCAGCUCCCCGGGGUGGCUAUUAAUAAAGAACUGAGGAACUAGGUCCCUGGGGAGCUCCAGCCUGGUUGGAUCCUGAGUUCCCUCGGGGCCCAAAAUAUCCCAGAGUCUGCCUCAGAAAGUAAUCUUUCUUAAGCUCUGAUUUUUCCAAAUUCUUCCCGGACUUGAUUGGAACACACUGUAGCAGCCGCCUAUUGUGGCCAUAAGGAACACUUUUUUAAAAAAUGCGUGUAAUGUUUUUAUUAUUACUCGGAUAUUGUCCCUCUUUUUUUCUGAUUUCUUUAAAGCAAACCCAGAAAUCUUGUCGUUUUGUCCACAAGUUCUUGAGUACGAAUCGCUAAAAAAAAGAUAAAGGUCCUUUAAAAAAAAAAAAAAACAGAAUGGCAAUGCCAUUGUCCAACCUAAAAUAGAGAAACAAUUGUGAUACAAAACUUGUAAAGCCUUCUGGCCCUGCUAAGAGCACAGCUGAGUCCCGCUAACUCUUGCCAGCCUCAUUUCUUGCUGGCAGCUCCCAGCAGGUUCUGGUCCAAAAGUGUGUGAGAUUUUUUGGAACUCAGUUUCUAUUUCCCAUAGGAAACAAUUUUAUAAUCUCAGAGUCCUGCACUUCUGAACUUGAACCUUGAGCCCCAUAGGCAGUGAGUAAACAGUAGCAGUGCCACAUCAGGGUGGUGACGAUGUUUGGCCAGCAUCCCUGGGAUUUGGUGAGGACAAAAUGAGAUAAUGCAGAUGCAAGCAGAGAACGAAGGCAGCUAGACCAUAUGCCAGUGAGAGGACCUCAGAGCGACAACGAAUUCUUAAUGGAAUGGGCUUGGCCUAUGACCCAGUAAUCCUACUCCCGGGUAUGCACCAAAGAGAAAUGAGAACCCAUGUCCACGCAAAGACUCAGGCAGGAAGGUUUACAGAAGAUUUGCUCAAGGUGACAAAAAUCCAGAAACAACCCAGAUGCCCAUCAGCAGUAGAAUGGUUAAAUAAAUCGUGGUUUCUCCCUACAGUGUAAUAAUACACAGCCAGAAAAAAGAGUAAACUACCGACACACACAAUGUGGAUGGAUCUUACAGAGCUUAUGUUAAGCAAAUGAAAGCCAAACACACACGCACAA